GGGCCACCGGUGCCAAGGGCCGCAACGGCCGCUCCCGCCCCACGACCAGCCCCCGCCGCGGCGGGGACAGCGGCUUACCCCUCCGGGCCGGCGCCUCCGACAGCGCGCCCGCCGCCGCCGCAGGUUUUUGAAGUGUGUGAUGAGGAUAACAAAGAUGAUUUAAGCAGAGAGGACUUUAAAGUCGCUGUAGUAAUGCUGUUUGGUUAUAAACCCUCAAAGUUGGGUCUGUUAUUUGAAAAGCUUUUAAAUCUCAUGAGUGCAAAGAAGGCCGCACAGUUACACAGUAAUAAAACAAGGCAAAUAUUUACAGCUUCUGAUGUGCAAGGUAGAGGAUUUUUGACUUUUGAAGACUUCAAGAGAGCCUUCAAUCCUGUUUCUCCUAAGGUAGCUGAAAAAAUCACGGUUGAAGUUUCAGAGAAGUCAAUCAGGAUUCUGAUGGCCACAUCAGCUUCAAAGAGUUUGAAUCUGCGGUGAAGUACGGACAAGAUGAAGUAUCACCAGUGUACUUUGCCUAAAGAAUAUUCUCUGGUGAAAAGACAAAGUGAAAACCUCAGAUCUCAAGAUAUUUAAAAAUCAAUGAAACUUCAUUUGUUUCAACCAACAUUUUAAGAACUUUGACUGUAAGUGUAGCUCUGAAGAUCAGCCUUUGAAGCUUUACUGUUGACAAGUCGGGUGUAUUAAUUUACAUGUAUAUGUGUGUGUAGAAUACUUAAAAUAUUUGAAAUCUCAAUUGAUUCCCAAUCACCCUAGUUAGGAACUGAAACUCUGUACUUUUUGACUUAACAGAUGAAAAAGGAGCAACUCAGAUUUCUAGUUACUGUGCAGUUUAUUUGUUCACUUUUUCAACAGCCCUUUGUUGACAGACCAGAAUA